ACGCACCCGGCCGUCAUGUUCCUCAGCGAAACCGGUAAUCUGGGCGGGAAGAAGACGUUGUAUAAAAGGUUCACCUUGAGUCCGGAAAGGACUUACUAUACCUCAACCAUCACCAGAGGAAGAAGAAGAAGGCUCUUAGAAACAAAGCACGUCAGCAUGAUUGGUGUUCGUUCACAGGUUGCUCUCUUGGCGGCCAUCAUGGCUUUGGUCUUCUGCGUUUCUGCCGACCCUGAUAAAAAGCCCAGACACGGGUUUGGAGGCGGAAGCUACGGAAGUGGGGGCCUUGGAGGCGGUUUUGGUGGUGGAAGUAGUUUAGGAGGUCACGGAGGAAGCUUUGGAGGUCACGGAGGAAGCUUUGGAGGUCUUGGAGGUGGCUUCGGCAACAGGCCCGUUGGAGGUGGUUUUGGAAGUCAUGGAAGCGGUUUGGGCGUUGGAGGUGGUUUAGGAGGUCACGGAGGAAGCUUUGGAGCUCACGGAGGUAGCUUUGGAGGUCAUGGAAGCGGUCUUGGAGGUCAUGGAGGUGGCUUCGGCAACAGACCUGUUGGAGGUGGUUUUGGAAGUCACGGAGGCGGUUUGGGCGUUGGAGGUCACGGAGGCGGUUUGGGCGUUGGAGGUCACGGAGGCAGCUUUGGAGCUCACGGAGGUAGUUUUGGAAGUCAAGGCGGACACAGGCCGUACGGAUACGGAAAAUAGAAGUUUUCCCUCCAACCCGACAACGCAAAAGAUUUAUUGGCCGUCGAAACGGAUAAAAUGCAAGGAAGAACAAGAGACCUGGAACGCUGGAAUUGGAUCUUACGGCUGGCAGCUGUCCCGCGAGAUAUUCCAAAAACAGUUUUUUGGGGGGAAUGUGGUCUUACGGUGUGCGGUGUGACAGGGAUUUUCUAAUAAAGUCUUAUUUGCCCA